UUACUCUUUAGUGUUGUGAGUUGUCACUUCGCCAGACGAAUGUCAGCGCUUCGUCUUUACUGGUGUUUCCUUUUAUUUUUAAAUUGGACGGAACUUUUGUUUAGGAAUUUAGUUAUUACAGUAACAUAAGAAAUGUUAAUAAAUUCGAUUCUAGUUACGUUAAAACUAUUCUAUUAAAUAUUAUUAGCGGUAUAAAAAUAGCAUUGUUAACGUCACCAUGGUUUUUUGAAGAAAGUUGUUUGCUAUAGCAGGUGAAAGCGUAUUUAAAAUGUUGCAUGCCAAAUGCUAAAGAAAUGUCGCCUCUCGUCCAUAAUUAGUAGAAAUUAUUUAAGUGAUUCAUAGCAACGUUCUUGAAGUCUGUGGGUCAAAAGUGAAAAUAUCCUGGACUAAUUCCAAGAAAAUGGCACUUACUAUGGAUCAGAAGAAUAACUUGGACUUUAUUUUAAAGAACUUACUCGCUGGUGGUGUUGCGGGCAUGUGCGCCAAGACUACAGUAGCUCCGUUAGAUCGCAUAAAGAUUCUCCUCCAAGCUCAGUCUUCACAUUACAAACACCAUGGAGUGUUUGGUGGACUUAUGGCUAUCGUGAAACAGGAGUCGCUCAUAGCUCUAUACAAAGGAAACGGUGCUCAGAUGGUCAGAAUAUUCCCCUAUGCGGCGACACAGUUCACAAGCUUUGAAAUAUAUAAACGGUAUCUCAGCGGGUUAAGCGUGCCUCUAGUUCAGCAUGGUGAUAAGUUCGUGGCUGGUGCUGGCGCCGGUGUGACCGCGGUGACCCUAACUUACCCCCUGGAUACAAUAAGAGCUCGUCUGGCGUUCCAAGUGACCGGCGAGCACAGGUACAACGGCAUCGUAGACGCCGCUACAACCAUAUUUAAGACGGAGGGCGGUAUACUAGCUCUAUACCGUGGUUUCGUUCCCACUAUGGUCGGCAUGGUUCCGUACGCUGGUUUCAGUUUCUACUGCUUCGAGUCCCUCAAAUUCCUCUGCAUGAAGUAUCUACCGAGUUCACUUUGUAAGAAGUGUGACAGAAACACUGGCGGUUUGGUCCUAACUAUUCCGGGUAAACUGGUGUGUGGUGGUCUGGCCGGGGCCGUCGCUCAGUCCGUCUCCUACCCCCUGGACGUCACCAGGAGAAGGAUGCAGCUAGCCCACAUGACACCAGACACCGCCAAGUUUGGAACGGGCAUGAUUAAGACCCUGACUCUCAUUUACCGUGAGAACGGUAUAGUGAAGGGCUUGUAUCGAGGGAUGACAGUUAACUACAUCCGCGCCAUACCGAUGGUGGCGACAUCUUUCUCCACGUACGAGCUGAUGAAGCAGUUACUCCACCUCGAUACUGGCAUGAAAAUAUCAUAACCACCGUAACAGUAUUAUAGUUUAUUUCGUAGUGAAGUUUUCAUCACUAAUUUAUUUAUUAUCUGUUCAUGUCCCGCUCUAUAUUGUCUCUGGGUUAGGAGGGUAUUGUUAUUUUAAGGUUAAAAUGUUUAUGUUCACGCCUAGGAUGGGGUCUAAAGUAUAAAAUUUUCUCGUCGAUGCACAAGAUAUUGUUUAAUAUGUCAAAUUAUUGCAUAUGAGUUAAUAUAGUGGUAAGUGGAAGCUACUGUCUGUUUUGUAUAUUUUGAUUUAUUUUUAUAUGAUGUUCGUGGACCAUGUGUGAACAGACAAAUAAACAUAUUUUUGGGAUAGUAAUAAAAAUCUAUUAUUUUUAUAUGAAUGUGUGUCGGCUCUCUGUAUAUUUGAAUUAUAUUUAGUAUAGUCAUAUACAUAUUGGAAUCCCCCGGCGUUACAUAAUUCGGUUAUUUAAAUGUUGACUGCCUUCUUUUGGUGAACAAAAUGUUUACAUGUAUAGAUACAGUGACAUAGAGCUCUUAACUCAAAUUGUUUACAGUAACGUGGUAACCUAGCACAGACGAGACUAAUGUUUUUAUAUAUACUGAUAGAGCAGACCAAUUUUUUUUCCAACAUAGACGCUUCUUUGAGUAACGGAUUUAAUGUUCCUCAUUCAACUUCAUUAUUCAAAUACUUUCAGUACUUUCAUUGAUGUUAUUGUUCAGUUUGUGACCUUUUAACCAACCUUAGAAAAUGUUUUUUAUUUUUUCCAACGACGACCGUUGGAUACUUAUUAAUUGACCUUAUCAUCUGUAUUUCGUUUAUCGAAGCUCACCAAACAGUUUAAGUUAUCAUGCCAUCAGAAAGCUCUUAAAAUUAUUUUAAAGUAUCCCAUAAUAUAAUUAGAUAAAAUACAAUAUAAUAGAAUAUAUAUUAUUACAUUUUAUAAUAAAAAUAAACAUUAA